CUUGAGCAUGUAAUAAUAUAACAGCGACAGGCAGCCAGAAAAUUGGUAGUGUGUACUGUGUAGUGUUGUGUGUUCUGCGUGUAAAUGCCUGAUCCCACCGACUACUUGAUUAUUUCAACAGCUGUCGCCCAAAAUGUACGGCAUGGUCAUCCAGUCUAUGGCGGCCUAUCUGCAGCAGACCUAUGGCGAUCUGCUGUAUCAAGAGGUCAUCGAAUGUGCCGGCAUUCCGGUGACGGUUUUCAACACGCACGAAGUCUACCCGGAUAAGUAUGUAAAGGCGCUGGUACAGACCGCCGCCCGGGUGCUGGAGGAGGACAAAGAACCGGCGUUUUAUUUGGAGAUUUUCGGGAGGAUGUUCGUCUUGUAUUGCCAUACAUAUGGACACGACAGGAUUCUUCGCGUGUCGGGCCGGCAUUUUCGUGAUUUAAUUCGCAACAUGAACCACCUCCAUCACUGCAUGCGCUACAGUUAUCCCCGCAUGAUCCAUCCAUCCUUCGUGGUUGUCGCUGAGGAUGUAUCCGGUAUGGUGCUGCAUUAUGAAUCGGUGCGGCAAGGCUUCGCUCCCUAUGUCACCGGUCAGUUGAAAGAAUUAGCCACUAACAGCAAAUUCUUCAAUAAGCCCUACUUCAAUGUCAGCGUGAUGGAAGAGCGCGAGCUGUCACAGCGUGGAUCCUAUCUGUCAGUAUUACGUCUGGAUUUCCCCAAUACCGGAUAUGCAGGCUCAAUAUCCGGUUACAAUCGCCAGUUUACACCCCGGUUCCCCUGCCUUAACUCGCAGACAUUUUUCAAUAUUCUUCCCUAUAGUCUCUUUCUGGACGAACAGCUGAUAGUCAAGAUGUGCAGUAUCCGGCUGCAACGGUUGUUCGAAGACAAAGUUGCCGGCCGACCGUUGGCGGAGUUUUUCCGACCAGCGCAACCCACUUUUAAUUUGACAUUCGAAGAGAUUUUACACUUGCAAGAUGUCGUCAUCGAACUGGAAUCGGUGCCCACUAUAUGCGUGGAAAAUCCUUACACCAAACAGAAAUUCCUGUCACCUCACCGAGUACUGCUCAAGGGAGAAUUCAAACAAACUGCCACCCAGCGCGUCCUAUUCAUAAGCUCAACGCCAACACUCAAUGACCUUUCCGAUUUAGAGCGCAUCGGCUUCUAUCUGAGUGAUCUGCCGCUCCACAGCGGAUCCGCGGAUUUGGCCGCGUGCGGGUGGCAUUCCCAGCAGAACACAUUCCGACAUUUUCAAAAAGAAGCAGAAAAAAGCAAACAGCUGGAAGAUUCACUGAGGAAGUUAGACGAAUGGCAGCGGCGUGGUGAUUCUUUGCUGAUGUCCAUGAUACCGAAGCACAUAAUCGAAAAAAUGAUGGAUACAGGAGAACAUUAUUUUUGUGAGCCGUAUGAUGAGGUCACCAUCAUGUUUGUUCGAUUAUUUGACUUCAACGUAGUUUGUUUCCAAAAUUCCCCAACAGAAGUUGUGAAGGUCGUGAGUGAAUGCUGGAGUGCACUGGAUACUCUAACUGAUAAUUAUGACGUGUUAAAAGUGGAAAAUCGAGGCGAAGAGUACAUGGUCGCCAGUGGGAUUCCAGAUAAAAACGGCAACCAGCACGCCAGCGAAACCGCUAGUCUAGCACUGCAAAUCAUGCAGACGGUUAUGGACAUGGACUUCGCCCCGCUACCCGAUCGCAAACUGCAGAUCAGAAUCGGGAUCAAUUCCGGGCCGGUUGUGGGGGGUGUUGUUGGACUGCAUUUGCCUCGAUUCUGCAUAUUCGGGGACACCGUAAACACAGCAUCCAGAAUGGAAUCUUCCGGCAUGCCUUUCCGGAUUCAGUGUAGCGAGACAACAAGAAACAUUCUGGUCACAACCGGUGAUUUUGAGAUGAAAAAGCGUGGAAUUAUGAAAAUCAAAGGAAAAGGUGAAAUGAUGGUCUACUGGCUUGUGAGUAAACACGGAUCGGAUUUUGGUAUUGAAAUCGAAGACCAUGCACUGCUUUCGUUGACUACAAGCACUUCUUAUCUGAUUGAGCCCGGUCCUCCGUCACCGGCAUCUUAAAGGCCGGUUUGCUGAAGGCCUGCCUACCUGCUCGCCCUUUUUUAGGCGGUUUUAACACGACACAAAAUCUGCGUGUUGCGAUUUCUUACUAGGAGUAUUUGGAUGUUGCCUAACGCUGGGACGAUGAGAAGAUUAAGCUACCCAAUCACAGCAGUAUAUCUUACCAUUGGUUAGACUUUACUGAGCUCUGAUUGUUGUUAAAAAACUUGGAUUACAAGUUACGGCAAAGGGCACGCAUACCCAUUAGAAGGGUUCUAAAUUUUGUAAACAAAG